UAGUUGCUUUUCAUCCCACCCAGGUUCUGUGGACAUAUUAAGAGUUAAAACGACAUAUUUUCUCAUGGCAACAAACUUCAAACAAAAGCCAGCAGUACACCACACCCCGCCCACCUCUAAGGCAGAGUUUUGAAGGCCAAAUUAUGUCUUGCGAAUUCAAACUCAAUCUUGCAAUUUUUUUUUUUAAUUUUUAAAUGAGCGGAAGUUCAAAUCCGAAAUCAAAAAAUUUUUAGCUAGCGACAAAAGUUAAAAAAGAUUUUAAAUUUGCGGGCCAAAAAUUAAAGACCAGGACAUUCGUGCGAAUUGUCCUCCUUCAAAUAUAACCAUUAUCAGGGGCUAUCGCACCGGGAAAAUGGCAUCAUUGAGAACCACCACAACGUUUCUCGUACGUGAAAUAUUGCGUCCAUCAAUACAUUUCCCAACUGUUCGUUUCAUCCACAUCUCACCGUGUUUUAUCAUUGAUAAUCGUGUUUUAUCACAACGGAGUCUGUCUUUUAGUUCGGUUAGAUGUGCAGCGGCGUCAUCCGACGGUGACGGAAAGAAGUCGCCGGCGAGACUUGCACAGGUUCAACAACUGUUAUAUGAUGCGAAAGAGAGAGCUCAAGCUGCUGGAAAUGAUCCUAUUCCUAAGAUUACUCUUGAUUAUGUUACUGUUAAUUUUGCAAGAAGUGGAGGUCCUGGAGGACAAAAUGUCAAUAAAGUAAAUACCAAGGUGGAUAUGCGGUUCAAUGUUAAAAAUGCUUAUUGGUUAAGUGACAGAGUCAGAGAGAAGAUUUUGCAAAUGGAAAAGAAUCGAAUAAACAAGGAUGGAGAGCUUGUGAUCUCUUCAACAAAGACGAGAACUCAGAAGGGUAACAUCGAAGAUGCUUUGAGUAAAUUACAGGCUAUAAUUGAAGCUGCUUCUUAUGUACCGCCACCUCCAUCUGAAGAGCAAGUGAAAAAAAUAAAUAAGAUGGCUUCUAUUGGGGAGCGCAAGAGGCUCGACAAUAAGAAGGCCCAGUCACAAAAGAAGGCUAUGCGAAGAAGCAGAGAUAGUUAUGACUGAUUCCAAGAGCUCGAGAUUGGCAUGCCAGAUUUCUUGUCCAACAUAGGCACUCCGCUAUCAAAUUCUCCCAGCUCCUUGAUCAUUUCCUUUGUCCUACUUCUGAAUGAUACGAAAAUGGUUUUAGUAUGAAUCUCUGUAGGUCCUUCAGAUGAUGGUUUCUUGAUACGAGUUACACACCAUAUUAGCUAAAAGAAUCUAGACACAGCCUAAGCUUUAGCUGAGAGCAUUACUGAAAGCAAAAGAUCUUGCUCUUUCUUUUCUUUAGAAGAUGUUGAUAUUGGAUAGGUAAGCUCAGGUCUGGGUGAGAACCCCUGUAGUUACAAAAGAAGAAUAACGCGGCCACCCGUCUUUUGUAUGUAUUGGGGCGCGCAUGUUGACAGAGGCGGAUCCAGGUUUCGAUCUUUGCUCAUUGUACUUUUAUAAUUAUUGAUUCAGAUCUAUUACUUGAUGAAAUUUUUGUGGAUUUCACAUAAAACACUGCUUGUCGAAAAUAGUGGGUUCGGAUGACCCGGUGCGUGGAUAGUUUGUUAUGACUUAUGAGACACUCAUAGUAGGACAGAAAGUUUCACGUUUUAAUAUAUGUAUUGUCUAUUGUUUUUCCUUUAA